CAUGGUUUUGCAAUCACUGCUGUUUGAUUUCAUAUUGAUUUCCUUUGGCAGGCGGAAGCGUUGUCAGUGCUCACUCCUGCUCAGGUGGCACAGCUGACACUGAGCUCAGGGGCCUUGAAUGACACAGACCAAAUCGACCACGUGUUUGAGCGACUUGAGGAGGGCAAUGCUCUGGAAAAUGUGGAUGAAUUCCUGGAAGAGCUGACAGCAAAUGGAAAGGACCCUGAUUUCCAACCUGCUGUGAGAGAUCACCUAAUGAACAGGACCUUCAGCAUCAUCGCUCCCCAUUUCCCCAAGUUCAAGACAGACGACUGGUUCGCUUGGUUCCACGUGAAGCUGGUUACUCUGCUCCCAAGUUUCAGCGCAGUGAUGCUCAAGAAUGCUACCUCAGAUAUAAACUGCACAAACUACCAUGUUGUUGUGAGCGGGAUGGCCAAAGCUUUCCCUUCAAUAUCCUCGCAGGGACAAGAAGAAAUCACAGAUGUAAUGGUGGGCUACCUGAAAAAAUCUGUCAGUGUCAUCAACACGCCAGUUUGCAGGCAGGGAAUUCAGAGUGAUGCCCAGUGGCUUGAGAAAAACUUGGGUCCAUUUUCCACACGUGCUAAAUACUCUGACCUCAAAGUAUUCAACAUCUCUGGGGUGGCAGUUGUGGAAAACCUCUCACCAAAGCAGAAAGCUGAGCUGAUCCUGGAUCCAGACAGUAACGCUUUGGAGAAUGAGAACAUCGUAAGAGAGGUGUUCACAAGCUUGACAGAGUCCCCUGAUACUGAGCAGCUCAGUCAGUUUUUCCAGGCUUACAGUGACAUCAACAAGCAGAGAAACAUCACCAUCGUGGAAAAUCCAGCUGUACGAGACAUCAUCUUGAACCUGACCUUGACAGCCCUUGCUCCUGAAUUUGAAGACUUUGGGCCUGAAGACUAUAAGCUGUGGUUCCAGGUCUAUUUGGUCACUGUGAUGGCCAGCCUCCAUCCUGGCAGCUUGGCGGUGAUCCCCAGUAACAUCAGUUGUGCAUCCUACGCAGCCAUGUACGAAAUCAUAUUUCUCAAGUCCAAAGUCAGACACUUUGGAUUUUGCACGAUGUCAAAGUGUGGCUUCAGACAAGUCACAAAAAUGUGUGUUUUCUUCCCUCAGACUCACUGGCCUCGAGCAAAGUUUGAAAAUCCUGCCACUGCUGCUUUCACGGGGUGUGAGAUCAAGCAGAGAGUCACUCAAGGAGACAUUCGCACGUACUGCAAGGAGACCCUGGUCGAUGAGGACCUCGUCUGUGCUGCGGUCGACGGAUCACAACUCCAACAAACUGUGUCUAUGGGCAUUUCCUCUGAAGCCCUGUGCAAUUUUACCAUCACUGCGCACGCCUGUUCCUCGGCCACACAUCUCACAGCUGACAACUUGGCAACACUGAUGAAAUGCUCACUGGAGAGCCAGACGACAUACCCGGUAGAGGUGUGGACGCUUCUCUUCCAAAAAGCUUCGUCUGCACUAGACCAGGCUCUGGAGUCAUUUGCCACCAUGGCCCCCAACAACAGCAACCCGUCCCUGUCGCAUGCUCUCGAGGCUCUUGGACAGGUGAGAAUUGCCAGCUUCAGCCAGGCACAGCUGCAGAGCGUUAGCUUUGUCAGCAGCUGGUUCAUGACAAACAUCCGUCCGUUUUUGGCCUCUUCGUCGCCCAACUUCCUAUUCUGCCUGAGCUCCAAGAACUUCAGCUGCGAUACCUACCGCACUGUAGGCAGUAAACAGUGGCUGGAGGCAAACUUUGGCGCCUACUCUGGUUUUGCAACACUCCGCGAUUUGCAAGCCCUCAAUCCCAACUUUUCAAGUGCGGAAGCGUUGUCAGUGCUCACUCCUGCUCAGGUGGCACAGCUGACACUGAGCUCAGGGGCCUUGAAUGACACAGACCAAAUCGACCACGUGUUUGAGCGACUUGAGGAGGGCAAUGCUCUGGAAAAUGUGGAUGAAUUCCUGGAAGAGCUGACAGCAAAUGGAAAGGUAGGCUACAUUUGA